CCACUCGCGGAUAUUGUGUGCUGUAUUUUUGCGAGGAUUUCCUGUGGAUAUUUGCUUGAACUGUGUCUAGUGGUGUGUGCAAUCUAACAUGGAGGUGGACAUCAAAGUGCUGGAGGAGGCGGUGGUGAUGUUCUACCGCUCGGAGUCGUCUCAGCAGGCCUCCUCACAUCAGUGGCUGACUCAGAUGCAGCUGAGUCCCCAAGCGUGGCAGUUCUGCUGGGAAUUGAUGCGUCCCGACAAGUCCUGCGAGGUGCAGUUCUUCGGUGCCACCACUCUCCACUCCAAGCUACUCAAGUACUGGCAUGAGGUGCCCAAGGAGAUGCACGAGGAGCUUAAGCAGAAACUUCUGGAGGCAAUUGUGGCAUUCGGCGCGGGCCCCAAGCUUGUGCUGAAUCGCCUCUGCAUCGCCUUCAGCGCAUUCAUAGUUCACAUGCUCGAGGAAUGCCCCACGGCAAUUGAGGAUGUGACAAAUACGUUCCAGAAUCAGCAAUUGCCCAAUUUGUCGGUGAACACACAGAUCUGGAUUAUGAUGGAGAUCCUGGGCGGUAUUCCCGAGGAAGCCAAUGCCAUUUACACGUCUGUGCAGAGGGCUAUGCUGCGGCAGGAGAUCAACAAGCGUACAGGAUUCAUUCUCUCCACAAUUGACACUUACCUCAGUGUCAAAUGCGAUGCUCCGGCACUUGAGGAUGAGGACACAGCGUCAAUGUUGAGGGCGGUAAAGUGUGGGGGACUGUGGCUAAAGAAUGGCCAUCCCAUGGAUAGUUGCCUCAAAUUUGCUGAGACGCUGCUGAAGCUGGUGAACAAGUGCUACUGGAGCUGCGUUCAGGGUGACGGAUGCAUGUCUGCGGACGAGAAUGAACUGGCUGAGGUGUGCCUGGAAACCCUGUCGUUCAUCAUGAUCCAACCAGACGCCCAUCGCUAUCCGAAUACAGCUCUUAUAAUGAUCAGAAUGUUCCUGGACUCACUCACGGACAUCAUCAAAGCCGAGUGGCGAGAGAACAAUCUGAAUGAGGACAUUGCGGUGGGCAUCUACACACUCCUGAUCGCCUCCAUAGAGUCACAGUCGCGACUCUUGCUCACGGGAAUUGCCUCUGACAGUACACAGCACCGCGAACUGUACACGCGUCUCAUUGAGGAGAUUCUGCAGUGCACGAACAAGCCAGGAAUCUAUCCAGUUGAGGAGUCGUGCAGCAUUCUAGCCAUGGGAUUCUGGUACAUGUUGCAAGAUGAGGUGCUCUCGUUGGAUUUGGACGUGCAGAGGAACAAGUGCCUGGAGAUCAUUAGGCCGCUGUACGCCCACCUGACGAAAGUCCUUGUGCGGAAGGCGCAACACCCCAACGAGGUGUCCAUCGAGCGCUGGAGCGUCGACGAUCUGGAGACUUUCCGGUGCUAUCGACAAGACAUAUCAGACACGCUAAUGUACUGCUACGAUGUGCUGCACGAGAGUUUGCUGGACAUCUUCGCCGUUCUCCUCGAGGAGGGCAUUCUCGCCGUCCAGAGUGAUCAAUUGAACUGGCCAAAGCUGGAGGCUGUCAUCUACUCAAUGUGCUCCAUUGCCGAGCACAUCAAUGUGACUGAGAACAAGGUGAUCCCCAAGCUGAUGCACACCCUCAGCGAAAUCCCGUAUGAGAGUCUGAAUGAGAAACUUCUCGGCACUGCGCUGGAGACCAUCGGAUCAUACUGUGAGUGGUUCAAGGAGAAUCCAAUGUACCUUCCACCCGCCAUUGAUCUCUUGGUUAAAGGGCUAAACUCCUCGAUGGCGUCCCAGGCGACAUUGGGACUCAAGGAGUUGACGCGAGAGUGCCAAAUGCAGAUGAAAGUGUACGCUGAACCACUCCUCGAAGCCUGCCAGCAGAGCCUGAAUGGUGGCCAUCUCAAGAAUGCCGAAUCUGUCCGCCUCAUGUACAGCAUCGGACGACUGAUGAGCAUGCUGAGUCCGGACAAAAUCCCCAGUUGCCUAGACCUCAUGGUGUCGCCGUGUUUCGAGGAGUUGCAGCUCAUCACGCAGAAUCGCACCCAGACUGACGCCACGAAGAUCCGCACACUCUUCCGCCUCAACAUGGUGUCCACACUGUACUCCUCAUUAAACACUAAGGGGGCACAGCAGGAGAGUGCGGAUGCCACUAGUGCCCAGCCCGUGUUGCUAGUCAUGGAGAAAACCAUGCCAAUCUUUCGGCAAAUAGGCGAGAUGUGGAUUGACGACGAUCAAAUCAUUGAAGCCCUCUGCAAUAGUCUCAAAUACGCCGUGACGAACCUCAUGAACGACGCCAAGCCCAUGCUUCCAGAUCUCUGCUGCCUCAUCGUCUCGAUCUUCCAGACCAAGUGUGUGUGUCCCGCGAUGGACAUUGCCAAAACCUGCAUAAUAAUGUUUUACAAUGACUCGGACACACAUGCCAAGAUGCAUCAGCUCCUCGUGGAGAUAAUCGUGUACAACAUAAGACACUUUGAGCAAAUUCCAGAGAACAAAUUUUCCGAUGUAGCCGAUCUUCUCGAAGCUUUUUACGCCCUCAAUGCCCAGAUUGUGAGAAAACUGGCUGUGGCAUAUUCCAGAGGCGACAUUGACUGCUUCAAACUCAUCUUCUUCGCUCUCAAGGCAAUUGUCCUGCCCGAGAAUGGCCCUGUGAAGUAUAGCACGCAAUUUCUCAGUCACUUCAUCAUGCAAUCUCGCCAAUUUCCCAACAUGACGACGGCUGUUAUCGAGCGAGGCGGUCAAAUAAUCCAGGCGACUCUGCUGUGCAUUGGCUCUCUCACGCCACGGACGCAAGUGGAGGUGUUUGCCGAUAUAUUUCUGUCUAUAAAUAAGAAAUAUCCCCAGGAAUUGAUUGUGUGGCUCAAAGUGCUCGCCACGCCGCAAUUCCCGACGUCCCAUGUGUCCGACAGUGACAAGAACGCCUUCAUGAACACCAUCAUAAGAGAGAAGGUAAAUAAGCGCAUCAUCCAGGGACAAGUGAGAGAAUUCUCAGCAAAAUGUCGUGGCAUUGUGGAGAAGAUUUAGACAAGUGUGUGCGAGAAAGUGUUUCUGAUGAGCGAGGAAAAUGCUUAGUUAUUUUUCAUUAAUGUGAUAACAGAAGGAAAAAAACCUAUACAAAGUCUUUCAAUGUCAAGAUGUGAAAAAUGAUUUCUGUAUAUAUUACGGAGUUUAUUUUAAGAAAUGUAUUUAUCUUAACUGUGUAAUUUUAUGCGAGAUGAAUGCAGUGAGAAAAUAAAAAUUUGAUGUGACGAUUGCAAAA